UUCUUCAUCCGCUUCGACACAGCGGCUCGUCCUUACUACUUUACCUUACCUUACCAAACCAACCAGCUGGUUAGCUCAGUUAACUAGUUCUCAGCCUCUACAGGAGGCAUUUCACGUCUCAAAGUUACUGUCACUGACCGUCGCAUUGCACAGUGCGUCCAGUUACAAGGAGUGAGUUAAUGCGACACUGCAUUGUCAUUUGCUGCCUGGACAUGUCUGUUGUGUGAACUGACACUCGAGGAGUCACAGCGGCGGGAUCCUUCAGCCAGCCGUUCAUCUUCAUGCCACUGUGAGGACGAAUCACUCAUCCUGAGUACGACUUCGCCCCUUGUGUUUCUCUUCUCUUUUUGCCAUGGGGGGAGCCGUGAGUGCCGGGGAGGACAAUGAUGAUCUCAUUGAUAAUCUGAAAGAAGCUCAGUAUAUUCGCACAGAAAAAGUUGAACAGGCUUUUCGGGCCAUAGACCGUGGUGACUACUAUCUGGACGGCUACCGGGACAGUGCCUACAAAGACUUGGCGUGGAAGCAUGGCAACAUACACCUGUCUGCUCCAUGCAUAUACUCUGAGGUGAUGGAGGCCCUCAAACUGCAGCCAGGACUUUCUUUCCUCAAUCUGGGCAGUGGGACCGGCUACCUGAGCACAAUGGUUGGCCUUAUCAUAGGGCCGUUUGGAGUGAACCAUGGAGUUGAGCUCCAUAAGGAUGUGGUUGAAUAUGCCAGAGAGAAACUGGAUGAUUUCAUAAAGAAUAGUGACAGCUUUGAUAAGUUUGAGUUCUGUGAACCCAUCUUUGUUGUGGGGAAUUGCCUUGAAAUCUCAACAGACAGUCAUCAAUACGACCGCAUUUAUUGUGGCGCCGGGGUGCAGAAGGACCAUGAAAAUUACAUGAAAGUACUGCUCAAAAUUGGAGGCAUUCUGGUGAUGCCUAUAGAAGAUCAGCUGACCCAGAUAACCAGGACUGGUCAGUGCACAUGGGAGAGCAAAAACAUCUUGGCGGUGUCCUUUGCCCCCUUGGUCCAGCAGAGCAGAGCUGAUGGAGAGAAGCCUGACACUGUCCAGCUGCCCCCAGUGACUGUCCGCAGCCUUCAGGAUCUGUCUCGGAUCUACAUCCGCCGCACUCUCAGAAACCUGGCUAACGAGGACAGUCAGGGCAAGGGGAUGGUGCAAAGAGUCCCCCAGAAGCGCAAACGCAGGCGCUGCCGGCGGCGCCGCAUCAACACCUACGUUUUUGUAGGCAACCAGCUGAUCCCCCAAAUGGUGGAGAGCGAGGAGGAGGAGCACGCUGAGGAAGAACACAAGGAAGUGGAGGAGGAGGAGGAAAGAGACAUUGGCGACAUUGAAAUCCUCAAGCAAGUGAACGUGUUGAGAGACCAAAUAAUGGCUUUGCCGCUGCCUGAGUCACUGAAAGCAUAUUUGCUGUAUUACAGAGAGAAAUGACUGAUUCCCUCGAUAUCCAUUCAUCAUGGGUGCGGCUCCUGCUGAAAUGCUUUUCUUCACCCUUUUCAGUACAAAUGUAGCAUUAUUUCCAUUAAAUCUUGAUGGCGAAACUGUAAUGGAAAGAGACGUCAUAGAUAAUAUUGGAUAAUAAUGUUAUGAUUGUCAUGACUUGUUAGUUUUUGUUGACUUUUUCUUUUGAUUUGUAUAUCAAAAAAAAAAACAAUGUAAAAAGUAUUCUAAAUGGAAAUAGUUUCAGAAACCCGUUUUGAGAUUCAGAUUUUAUCACAAUAUGUCAGGAUUUCUGCAGAGGUGUGCAGAUUAAAAAUUGUAUAAAAAAAGAAGGUUCUUACUAUAUUUGUUAAAAUAUGAUCAUGCUAAGAUGAAGACUUUUAUUGCACCUUUUUUAGAAGCUUUAACUUACUCUCAGUGUCUGGAGAUUUAAUGAUGCUGAAAGGAGCAAAAGACACUGAAAGGCAAAAAUGGUCACAUCCUCCCACUUUGAGUUUCGAGAGCAAGAUGUUCUUGCAUAAUCAUGACUGGGUCAUUACUCCUCUGGAUAUUUGGUUUUAGGUCAACGUGUUUUUACCUUCCUAUUACAACAGAGCAUUGAGAGACCAGAUUGGUUCAUAAUUUUUUCUACAGGGCACCUUUUGAUGUAACUUUUUCUACAGGGUGCUUACAUACGUACUUGUGUUUUCUCACUUUGCAUAUGAGUAGCUGACAUCCUACUUGACAUGGUAUUGUGUUGUAGGCCCUCUCCUUUCCAUGGUUUUCUUUCCAUUGUAAAUGCAAAUAAUAUAUUAGUUUCAAUAAUCAUAUCAGAGGUUUAAAAUAAUGCUGAAACUGAUGUCAGGUGUUUAAAAGGUUCACAUUUUCAGCUUUUUUAGAGGGAGCUGGUAACGGGGAGAUGUUAAUGAGUACAUGCAUGAAUUUACUGUAUAUGUCUUGGGUGUUCCUGACUUUGCUUCACAUCUUAUGAUUGGUCACUGGAGGUGAUGUCCCAAGUGAUCUAGUUAGGAAAUGUUUUGGCAAAAGGAAAAAAAGGAUUUAAAGAUGUUUAAUCAAUUAGAUGGCCUUGAGACAAAUCUCAAAUUCUGUCUUUUUUUUUCUUUUUUUUAAAUCGACACCAAUGCAAAAUCAGAAUCUCUGAGGAUUUUGAAGCCUUUUGUAUUCUGGACUGUAGAAGUGUCCAGCAAAGCACCUUAAUCUCUUAAUCUGCAGUCCUCAAGUGAAAAAGAAAAAAAAGUGCCAUUUUUGUGGCUUAAUUUGUACCGUGGACUGAACUUACUGUAAAUGUAAAUCCUGUUUAAUCAAAGUACAACUUGCUUGCAGAACUUCCCUGAUAGUGAUGGCUUUUAAGUGCCAACGUACCCCAUCACAUUAGGAUUUCUGUGAGUUUUCUGGCACAGUAAAUUUAACCCAAACAAUGCUAUAUUUCUACAAAAACAUUCCACAAUGGAAAAAAAAAACAAAAAAGAAAACAGCACAUCACUGAUAGAUGUCACACUAUUUCUUUAUGCUUUACCGUCACACACUUGGAAAUUUCCUUCAUUUUUCUUUGAAUGCAUAAUUUAGUAUUCCAAAAGCUGAGUUGAAUGUUGUUGAUAUUAAUUCUAUUCAAUAUAAAAGUGAUAUAUAUGUAUUGUUAUCAUAUGAUUCUGCCUACAGUUUUAUUUGCAUUUGGUUUGUUGUAGCGCCCUCUUGCUGUACUGUAUCUUGACACUGGGAACUCUGUAGAUCAAAACUCCACUGCUGUCCGUUAAAUAGAUAAGAUAUAUUAGUGCUAUAGGUCUUCAUUUUGUUCUGGUGUAUUGAAAAAAUAUUUUGUUUGAAAACAGGCUGAUUAUUCUAUUAGUAGUUUUGUGUGUGAAGAGGUAACAUUUAUUGUUCUGUAAGGUUCUAUUUUUCUUUUUUUUUUUUUUUUUUUUUACAUUCAUCAGAAAGCUUUGCAACUAAGCAAUAAUGGAAUAAUUUCCUAUCUUAUAAUUACCAAUACAAACAUAGUCCCAUUUGAUUUGCGUAGUAUCCAUUAAAGUUCACAUAACCAAUUACAGGCAUGCAACAGUUUAUAUACCAUUAUCUAAAAUGUAAUAGCUAAUUAGAGAGCACAUUAAGAAUUGAAAGCAGGGGACCUACAACCUCGACUCUCAGGUCAAGCCUUGCACCAAAGUUAAUGGGACUGCUGUGAUUUCAUUUAAUUCGACUACAGAAAUGGCACCCGGUAAAGUCAUAACCAGUUCUGCUCUGUGCUUAUAUUAAGUUAAUUUGUUGAGAGCCAAAACAGUCCGUUACUUCUUUUUUUUUUAAUCAGGCCUCGGUUGAUUUCUCAUAGUGUGUGCAGUUCAUUUUGAAAACGUGUUGUUUCUCCGUAAAUGUUUGGCACAAAAAUAAAGGUCACAACCACA